AGCCAAAGGCCCCGCAGAAGCUAAGCAUGCCAAGCCCAAAAGGCGAGCAAGCCUCGCCAUGUCCCUCCGAGGAUCUGAGUGCAACGAGUCUCCCUCCCCCCGCCACCACCACCCCCGCCAGCGUCAGCCUUACCUUCUAGAUCCUCUGCCGGCGUAUUCAGCAUGCCCAACAGCCAGCGCAUUGGCCUGGUUGCUGUCACUGAGAUGAUCUGAGGAGGGCUGGAGACGAGCAGGACUCUGAUUCUAAGAUGACCCGAACAGACCCACCUGACGUCCUGGUGUCUGCCGUGUAUCAGGACGUCCCCGUGGCCUCCGUGGGAUCCACCCGCUCUGCCUUCUGCCAGCCCACCAGGCGAUGUGACUCCUCCAUGUCUUCCUCCCUGAAGAACCAACCUUCCCAACAUUUCAACAAGCGACAUUGUCGCAGCUUCGAUUUCCUGGAGUCUCUCGACGACCCACCACCUGUGACUCCCGCCAUGGAGCGGCAUUCCCGGCGGCCCCCCACACCAGAACCCUACUCGGCUCCCAUCGGCAAGAGGGUGUCUCUCCGGGCCGCUGUGCAGGAAAACUAUAUUUCCCAGGGGAAGGAACUGGCUUCCAGAGCCGAGCCCAAGAGACGGGCCCGAUCCAAGAGCGCGCCCCGCGUCAAAUCCACCUUCGCUCCUGUGGUCAUCCCCAUGGCUUCGGGCUCCCCACCGGCCCCAACUAGGAGAGGGCGGGAAGUCCAUCGAGUGUCCCGAGAGCCCGAGCGGGCAGAAGCGUCCCCUCGCCGGGAAAGCAGCUACGCCUCCAUGAAAGCCUUGAUGAGCGAGGUGCACCCCAUCAAGCUUCAGCCUCAGCGGGCCGGUGGCAGCCGCAUCUCGCCUCUCUGUGUCACGGGAGCAAACUGCCCCGAAGAGGCCGCCCUGGCAGCAAGGCCCCCGCCACCCAGCGUGCAUGUCAAGCGCCGGGUGGACAUCAAGCCGGACGAGGCUGCCGUACUGCAUGCAGCUCGCAGUGCCAAGGGGCCACAGGGCCAUGGUGAGGCUCUCCUGCCCUGGCCUCGACCUCCAGGCACACCCCAUAGCUUGACCGUGCCCAGCAGCCGGCAAGUGCCCAUGUCUCGGACUCCCACACCCAGUGAUACUUACAGUGGGGAACACCGAGGGCUGGCCCCCUACCCCCCUGAAUUUUGCGAUGGAGGGCCUGCUGUGCCUGAAAGCGGCUGCCUUCCUUACAUCCCCUACGUGCCCCCAAGGUUCUUCUACACAGAAGAGCCAGGCAGUUUCCCUCAGAAAAGUUCCAGCUACAAGUCCUACCCUCCCCCUUAUGGGGGCCAGGUCCUCCCGCCCCAAACCUUUUACGCAGAAGAGCCUCCCCCAGGGGGCUUCUACCCUCUUCCAGCGAGAACCUUUCUUGUGGAGGAAAACAGGUCUCCUUUCCCCAUUCAGGAGGCCCCUGCUCAGACUUUCUAUGGGGACGACCCUCGCCUUUACACUCCCAGGACUCUUCCUGCAAAAGCGGCUUAUCCUGAAGACCCCCGGCCUUACCCUGCCUUGAGGGCCAACCCACGCAUCUUCUACACCGAAGACUAUGGGAAAUACCAUGAGCGGGAAGCCCUGUCUCGCACUUACCCCCACUCCCGUAUGGCUCCCUCAGUGCAGUUUAACGAUUGGUACUGCCCUGAAAGGGGGACGGUGCCCUACCCAGCCUGGCAGAUGACCCGCUUUCCAGCUCACCAGCCUGCCUCCCAAGCCAUGCUGUCAUCGUGGCACGCCAGCUACAGUGUGAGCCCUCCCCGGCUUGGUGUGGACACCAGGCAUUACUCUAAAUCCUGGGACAAUAUUUUGACCCCUCAUGUGCGCCGAGAAGACCAGCUGCUGCGUGGCCGUAGCUAUGAGAACCUGCUGUCUCGGGACCCACAUCGGGCUUUCUCCCCUGAUGACCGGCGCCAACCAGUGGUGGUGAACCUGUCCAGCUCUCCCAAGCGUUAUGCUGCCCUUUCCCUCUCGGAGAACUCCCUUGUCGAGAAGAUGCAUGCCGACAGGGGGCGCCACGGCUGGUUCGUCACUCCAGAGAUCACCAUCACGGACAACGACAUCCGAGGCAACCACGGGCUUGGCAAGCAUGACAGGCGCUCAGCCAGCUGGGAUGUCCUGGAUUCAGGGGACGCCCGAGACAGGGCCUAUGUUCCCCAUCAGCCCUACGCCCUGGACCCCGGUGCUAAAGAGAGCACCGCUCGCCAGCGCAGCUUGGAGCAGUUGGACGAGCUCAUCACCGACCUGGUUAUUGACUACAAGCCCCCUUCUGUCUGCCAGCCCAGCGAGGUCAGCAACCUGGCCGAUCAGCUGCGGCAGUUGAUCAGCGACGGGCUGGGGCUGCCUCCCAAGAAGCCGGAGCCCUGGAGGUCCUCGGAGCCCCAUCCCACCAAAGAGCAGCCUGGCCGCAGCUCCUUCCAUGCCGACCUUUGGAAGGACCAGGGCCGCCGCUCCACCGAGCCCCCGGGGCCCCCCAGGCCCUUGGAGAAAGGCCCGGAGGACUGUUCCCCAGAUCUCAGUGCUGACGAGGACGACCUGAUGAUGUGCUCCAAUGCCAAGUGCCGCCGCACGGAGACCAUGUUCAACGCCUGCCUCUACUUCAAGUCCUGCCACAGCUGUUACACCUACUAUUGUUCUCGCCAUUGCCGGCGGGAGGACUGGGACACCCACAAGGAGAGCUGCAUCUACGGAAGGAUCGGCAGCACCUGCCGCCACGUGCUGCAGUUCUGCCGGGAGAAUGGCGAGGUGCACAAGGCCUUCUCCCGCAUCGCCAAGGUAGGCUUCCUGUCUCGGGGUCGAGGGGUGCUCUUCCUGGGCUUCCCCAGCUCAGGCUCUGCCGAGAACUUCCUGCAGUUCGGCCUGGAAAGCUUGUUGAUGUCCCCCACUUACCUGUCGCUGCGGGAGCUGGAGGGCUAUUCAGACAACCUUGGGGAGUACGCCCAGGAGCUGCAGGAGGCGGGCCAGCAGUACGACCCCCAGGAAUGUUUCCUGCUGAACGUGACCGUGGCUGUGGGGCAGGAGGUGCCUGAGCGGCCCUCCCCCAAGGUACAGGUGCCAACCGUCCGCAAGUAUGCCAAGAUGGCCUUGGCGUCCUCCAGCCCCGAGAAGAAAAUCCUCAAGAAGGAGCGAGACAUGGAAACACUGAUCUUGACGCCUCCUCCCGGCACGGCCGACCUGGACAAGGAUGGCGAGGAAGGACGCAAAGCGCGAGAGGUUUGCUUCAUCAACAUCCAGCGUGAGCUGCGCAUUCGCGGCGUCUUCCUGCGGCACGAGUUCCCGAAGGUUUACGAGCAGCUUUGUGCCUUUGUGGAAAGCAACAAGCGCUUCACACCCACCACCAUCUACCCCAUGGAUAAGAGGACCGGCAAGCAGUUCAUGUGCAUGAUCAUGGCUGCCUCCGAGCCACGCACCCUCGACUGGGUGGCCAGUCCCAACCUCCUAGACGACAUCAUGUGAGCCCAAGUGGUGUGUCCAGAGGACGGUGGCCUCUUCCCUUCUCCUCUUAUCUCAGUGCUAAAGUGAUGGCUAGUCUCUUCUGGUUCUUUCCGAGCAAGGAGUGGUCAAGGUGGGGCCCAGCAAGGGACAGAGCCCCCGGGAGAGAGCGGGCCUGUGUUGGUGGCCCUUCACCCUUACUGGACGUGGGCAUUUGUCAUUGUUUGAAGGAUGAAUCCAAAUCUGGUCACCUUCAGAACAGCGGAUAUUUUAGGAAUUCCAGGCUUUGUUGGUCAACUUUUAAGACAACAAUACACAGCCUUACAGUCCAUUUUUCUUCUGAAUUCCUCCAGACAAGAAUGUUCUUACUUCAUGGAUUGAUUUCCUUUGUUUUUAAAAAUCGAUCCUGGAGAGUAAAAAUGAAGUAGGAGUUUGCCACUGGCAUUUUAGUUGGGGAUCCUUCUCCCUGGCAGCUUCAUCUUGCCAUCUUUGCAGCCGGCCUUGGCGGAGGGUCAGCUGCAGUAUUGCCCCCCACAUCAUCUGCUAUCCUCUUGUAAACCAGGACAAGGGAGGGGGCUUUCGGCCCGGGCACACUGUGUGGAAGGGCCGGGGGGGGGGGAAGCUGCUUCCCACCAGUGAUGCCUCCUCCUCCCAUCCAGGCAGAGAAAUCCAGGUCAGGAGCUGUGAGGAGGAAAAGCGGUUGCUACGGUGAUGCUCCGUCCCUUGCAGGAAGGUAGGAAGGGGGUCACUGCAGCCUGGAAAGGAUGCCAGGAGCUAGCCUGGCAGAGGGAAGAAGGGUUGCGCAUGAGAGCCUCAGUCCCAAAGUGGAAUUGGGGUGGGGGGGUGGGGAGGGCUGUAGGAUUUGUUUUUGUCUAUGGGGAAGGAAAAUUUAUAACACAGAAUCAAUUUUUUAGCUCCCCAGCUCUACCUCUGUGGAAGCGCCAGAUAAACCUCGCUGCCAUAUUCUGAGUCUUGGGUCCUAAAAUAGGCUGUGGCUUGGGAAGGAGAUGCCUCCAGCAUCUCUGCAUGAGUCCCUGUUCUGCCAGCCAGGUUGCUUUCCGCCUUUUCUUGGAGAGAAUGGUCUGUCGGUUGCCCCAUUACCGUGUUUAUCCAGGCCUAUGAAGAAGGCUGGGGAACCUGCCAAGGGAUUGCGGCAUCUUCCUGAAUCUUAAGCGUAUGUGAGCAAGCAAAAGAGGGAGGGGAGGAAGUGGUUCCAGGGCCAGGUAUGGAUGGUAUUGUCGGGAACCAGGGGGAUAAAAAGAGGGCUGCAUGGUGUGUGGGUGUGGGUGUCUGUAUUUCACUGCAGUGGGAGCAUCCUCAGGACCCCAAAUGUGAAUGGCUGGAGGAAGCUGGCCUGGAAUACUCCUUUGCUCUGGCAUUGCCCCACUGUGACAAAGGGGCGGCCAAUUCAUUCAUUGCACUGACUAUACUGUUAAGACAUGGCCUGCUUUGGUAAGCCACAGUGCCCCGCUCUAAAGAAAAAUCCCUCUGCCAAGGGGGAAAUGAGCUCUUGGUUUGCAGGCAGCCGCCCCUCUUUCCCUCUGGCAGGCUAGCUGGAGGACCAGUGGGCUCCUUUCUACCCCAACACCCAAGUCGCUUCUCCAGGAUUCCCUUAUGAGCUUGUGACUCUUCCGUUCAAACCUCGUCCCUUGUUUUCCCCAAAGAGAAGUUUGCUGAUCCCUUUGCUUGGAUUCUGCUUAUCGGGCGGGGGGAUCAAAAGCACAUUCUCUAGGAAAAACAGGCUGGGAAAAGCGGUAAUGGCUGAAACGUUAGCAACUUUUUCUCUUACCCGACAUUACCUUUGUUCCAGGUCUUGCUGGUUUCUCAAAUCGCAGUUUGGAUAUAAAAAAAUAAAAAAUAAAUAUAUGAAUAAAUGUAUAAAUAUACACCCAGACUCACUCAUAUAAAUAUAUAGAUACAUAGAUAUAUAUAAAUCUGAGACAAACUAUUUCAUUUGAAUAAACAUAAACUAUAACUUGAA